CAUGUCCCAGAUUUCUGAUCAGUGCUCUGCAUGAGGGCCAGGGCUAGACAAACUUAGUAGAGGAUGCACAGCCUUGCUUGGAAAGACCGUGUCUAUGUUCUCCUACACACUCCGUUCUUCUCCACAGCUUAUCCUGGGCUUAAGCUGCAGGUCUGAUGGAGCUUUGAUAGACUUUGUAAAUGGUUUUAAGUGUUUGGUAGUGACUGAGCUGACUUUCCUCUGGCCCUUGGGUUUCCCACACUAACUCUGAUACAAAACCCAAAAUAACACACCUGCAACCAUGAUGAGAAGAUUUCUGAAGAGCCAGAAGGGCCGCUUUUCGCUCCGCCAAAGCCGUUCGGGUUCCCGCAGCGCCUCCAAGGACUUCUACCCAAAUCCUCAAGUGCUCAGGGACUUCCCCUUAAACAUUGAACUGGCUCUUCCGGCAAAUAACCAGGGCUGGCCUGAGGACUUUGGAUUCAAGCUAGGUGGAGAUGGACCUAGCUACAUCCUCUCUGUGGUGGAGGGCAGCAGUGCCUACAUGGCAGGUCUGCAGCCUGGUGACCAGGUGUUAGAAAUUGAUGGCCAGAACGUUGCCUCUCUCAGCACUAAAGCUCUCAUCGCCUUGGCCCAAACUCUCAAAACUGUACCUCCAAGCAUCGGGGUUGUGUCCCGCAUUGAACAGCUGGACAUCACUCCAGGACCUGAUGGUCGCUUUGGUUUCACCAUUGUUGGAGAUUGCCCCUUGUUGGUGGAGGACUGCAUGCUCAACUCUCCAGCGGGCCGCAGUGGGUUACGGGCAGGGGACUACGUGAUGGAGGUGAAUGGAAUUCCAGUGAAGCACCAUGAGAUGGCUGCAGCCAUGAUUAAGGCAUCACAGGGGCGGACACUGCGCCUUGGCGUGCUCAGAAUGAACCGUUGGCAAAAACGCACUAGCAGCAGCAUGAAAGAGACGUACCAGAGUGGAGAUAUAGUCCGGCAGGACCGCAAACACAAAGCUCUGGAGUUUAACAAGAAGGUUGAGGAGAUUUUAGGUGAGGAGCCAGUGGUGAAGGAGAGGCUUUUUGACCUGUUGAAGCAAUAUGCCUCGGAGAGGGAUGUGGAGCAGCUGGCAUCCACACUCCCUGAGAUACUGAUCACUGAGGAACAUCAACAGCUGAUUGACAGCAUCAGGAUCUUCAUCCCCAAGAAGCACCGGCAGCGUUUUGAUGAAGUGGUCUCUCAGAGCCUGAUCAGCCGCCUGAGGGGCCGCAGUUUUAGUGAGCACAGGCAGAGUGGACUGCGCCGCAGCCGCAGUGAGGAUCACCCUGAACGACUGCUGGUGUCCACACGGGCCAGCUCAGUGCCACGCACUGCCCAUGAGGAUGGUGUUAUUCCCCCAUCUCGUGGCCUUCGCAAAACGACUUCGCUCAUUGCUGGCCAUUCUGGCGCCAUCAGCAACCGCAGGACAGUGCGGGUCUACAAGGGAAACCAGAGUUUUGGCUUUACCCUACGUGGCCAUGCUCCCGUGUGGAUUGAUUCAGUUAUUCCAGGUAGUCCAGCUGAGAAAGCAGGCCUCAAACCUGGAGAUCGCAUCCUAUUUCUCAAUGGCCUUGACAUGAGGAACUGUGCCCAUGAGAAGGUGGUAGCAAUGUUGCAAGGCAGUGGAGCCAUGCCUUCCCUUGUGGUAGAGGAUGGCCCUCCGGCCUUCGUGCUGGCGGAACCUGAGGUUCUGGAGGCAUCUCCACGUUCACGCUCUCCUGUGCUUAGCUCCCUGCAGUGGGUGGCUGAAAUUCUGCCACCCAGUAUCCGUGUGCAUGGGCGCACUUUUAGUCAGCAACUUGAGCACCUGCUUACCCUGCAAGAGAGAUACACCAUCUGCAAGUCCCUCGAGGCUUUCUUCCAACACAGGAAUGUAGAUACUCUGAUCGUGGAUGUGUUUCCAAUCCUGGAUACUCCAGCUAAGCAGGUGAUCUGGCAGUUUAUUUACCAGCUGCUGACCUACGAAGAGCAAGAACAUUGCCAGAGCAAGAUCUCACGCUUCCUUGGUUAUAAAGUCACAUUGCCUGUGGCAGAGCCAGAACCACCAGCUCCAGAGCCGCACCGGCGUAGUAGCUCUAUGAAGGUGACGGGCACCACCUACCGGAGCAGUGUGAGAGGUCGUAGUUCAGAUGAUCUGGUCAUUGGCACUCACCUGGGAAUGGGGAUCCGUACUGAGCCUGUUGAGUUGACUUCAAUGAGACUUGCUCCUGGAGAAAGACAGUCUGGAGAUGGGACAUCUCUACCAGAGACACCCAACAACCUCACUAAUCUCUCUGCUGUAUAUGCUGAGCUGGAGAAUGUGCAUGUAGGCAAGAGGUCUAAAUCUCUGAAGAGCCGCCCUCCUCCUGCCCCCGAAACAUUGAUUGACAUCUACCCUCACCCAUCUAUCCAGUCUGUCAGAGCUAAAUCUUCUUCUCCUUCUGUACGGGCUAGUUCAGGCAGUCGUAAACUAACAUCAGUCCAGCCUCCCCCUCCUCCUCCUCCACCUCCCCAACCCUUAUGGACUGAGCCCUUGCCCAGUCCCCAGGGCCUGUGCUAUCCUCAAGAGCUUCCAUCCCAGGGGACUGCAGAGUCUAACCCCUACAUUAGCCUGGACAGCCCGCCAUUAUCACCACCAUCUCCCCCUGAUUAUCCGCCGAGCCCUCCGGACUACCAGCCUAGUCCUCCCAUCCGGAAGAAGCGUUACACGUUUUCCCGUCCCCCCCGAAGUGCUGACACAGACCUGUUCAUGGAGGCCCUUACAGAGCAGCUUGGUCAGCAGCUAUCUGUUGAUGACUUUUUGUCUCCAGAAAAUGAUUACGAAGAGGAUGUGGUCCAGAUGACCCUCCAAGACGAAGAGGAUGAGGAAAUAGAGGAUGAAGAUGAGGAGGAAGAUGAAGGCCCUUAUAUCCCUCCUGAGCUCAGUAGUGCCAGUGAGAUGCAUAGUAGUAGUGAGGAUGCAAGUUCCCUCACAUACUCAUCCAGCUCUGAGCACAUUCCACCUCCACCUCUCACCCCACCUCCCCCACCUCCUGUUCAGUUUAAUGAUCCACAACCUUCUACCAAUUUCACUCCUGAUCAAACACCCCGACAGUUAACUUUUCGCCGACACCCAGGACCUCCACCUCCACCCCCUCCUAGGGCCAAUCCACCUCCAAAGCGACAGUCUUUUAACAAGGUGCUUCCUGCACGGGAGGAGUUUAUGGUCCAUCAGGUUAUCCAGGAAGCCCAGUCUCUACCAGUCCAACCAACAAGUGGGCACUCCCAGCACCCCAUACAGCAGAUGCACCAGUCCUUGCCUCCAUUGCCUUCCCCAGACAUAUCUCCGUCUGCCGUCCAUAGCCAUAUGAUGUACCAAAUGCAUCACCAAGCUCAACAAAAUCAACAAGAUCAACAGGUUUAUCAAAUUCAUCAGAGUCAUCAGGGUCAGCACAGUCACCAACUUCAUCAAGCUCAACAGAGCCGUCAAAUGCAUCAAAGCCACCAAACUCAUAAUACCCACCAGACUCAACUAUCUAGCUCCAUGGACAGGCUUGACAAAAUUGAGAGAAUGGAACUGUCUGAUAGACAUAUUUAUGAGGUUUACCAGCCUCAGCCAAUGCAUCCAGGUCAUCAGACCCCCCUUAGUCAUCAACAAAGUCAUCAAGUUCACCUAUCAAGCUCCAUGGAUAGGCUGGAUAGAUUGGAGAGGAUUGAACACUUAGAACGAAUGGAACGUUUAGAACGUAUGGAACGGAUGGAGCGGAUGGAACGGAUGGAAAGGUCUGAGAGAGCUGAAAGGAGAGCUGAAAUUCAUCAGGCCCAUGUGUCUCAACCAAACCCCCAGGCUAUUCGCCAAACUCAACAGACGCCACAACCUCAGUCAGGUUAUCCCAGUCAACACCAAGUUCAUCAGCUUCAUCAUGUCUACCAACCAAACCAACCUUCCCCACUUAUCCACCAACCUCAUCACAUUCAUCAGAUCGAGCACAUCCAUCAGACCCAGCUUGUCCAAUCUGCUCCUCAGUACCAUGUCAUCCACCAGCCCCAGCAACCUCACCAGACCCAGAUCCUCUCUACCUUCCAGCCUCUGCCUCCACAUCAGCAAAUAUCACAACAGCAAACACAACAGCAGCAGCAGCAACAGCAGCAGUCACAGCAGCACCAUCAGUCACAUCCAGUCCACCCUACAUCCCAAGCCAGACAGAGUCCUCAUCCCAUUCAGCACCAACGCCAUCAGCAUCACCAUGAAGUUCAAUCUCACACACAGCCUCAACCUCAGUCCCAGCCUCAAGAGGUAUCUCCUAUGGAGCCUCCUCCACCUCCACCUUUGCCACCUCCCUGUGUGCCCCCUCCCUUGCCCCGGUCCUCACCAAAUAAAUCAGACUCCAGUCACAUGAAUGUAAAGAGGCUACGCUGGGAACAAGUUGAGAACUCUGAAGGAACUAUCUGGGGACAGUUGGGAGAAGACUCUGAUUAUGACAAGCUCAGUGACAUGGUAAAAUAUUUGGACUUGGAAUUGCAUUUUGGCACACAGAAGAGUCCAAUCUCUAUUCCAGAACCUGCACCUCAGCCGGAGACAUUCAAAAGAAAAGAUGUGAUUGAGAUUCUUUCGCAUAAGAAAGCCUACAAUGCGUCCAUCUUGAUUGCCCAUCUGAAGCUGUCACCAGGUGAGCUGCGUCAGGUGCUAAUGACAAUGUCGACCAAUCGCCUGGAGCCAGCACACAUCAAGCAGCUACUACUGUAUGCACCUGAUGAUGAAGAGGUCAAGCAAUAUGCACAGUAUGCUGAUAACCCUAGCAAGCUUAGUGAGCCAGAUCAGUUUGUCUUACAGAUGUUGUCCGUACCUGAGUAUAAGACCCGUCUGAAGAGUCUGCAUUUUAAAAGUGUGCUGCAGGAGAAAACUGAGGAGAUGAAAAUAGGAUAUGAGUACAUCUACAAGGCCUCACUGGAGCUCAAAAACAGCAGAAAACUAGCAAAGAUUUUGGAGUUUGUUCUUGCCAUGGGGAAUUACUUAAACAAUGGCCAGCCCAAGGGAAGUAAGACCACUGGCUUCAAGAUCAAUUUCCUUACUGAACUUGCUACCACCAAAACUGUGGAUGGAAAAUCUACAUUUCUGCAUAUCCUGGCCAAAUCAUUGUGCCAACAUUUUCCUGAAGUCCUGGACUUUGCCAAAGAACUCAUGACUGUCCCACUUGCAGCCAAAGUUAAUCAGAGAAACAUCACCUCUGAUAUGAAUGAUCUGCACAGCACCAUCCAAGACAUCCGCUUUGCUUGCCAGAAGAUGCCAGCCACUGCUGAGGACCGCUUUGCUGUUGUUAUGAGUGGUUUUCUGGAGAACAGCCACCCUGCUGUGCAGUCUCUGGAGUCUCUACAGCAGAGAGCUAUGGAGGAAUUCUGUAAGGUGGCCUCCUUCUUCGGCGAGGACGGCAAGAUCACCACCACCGAGGCUUUCUUUGGCAUCUUUGCUGAAUUCAUUUCAAAGUUUGAUAGAGCCGUAAUGGAGAACCAGGCUGCUGAAAAUCCUCCACGCAGUCCUCGCAUGGUGUCUCCCCUAGCAUUGUGACAGGACACCUAAAUACACACACACACACACAUGCAUACUCUAAACACAUUAAUACAAAGGUACACACAAACCCAUACACUGUACAUGCACUAAAAUCCUUUCAACAUACUAACAAACACAGAAAAACCUGGGAAAACCUCCUAUAGUUCCUAUUCAGACAGUACAUGCUCUCAUACUGACGUCACUACACACAUUUUUGAGCUACAUAGGCUACAUGGAGUUUUCUCAACAUGUUCAGACUAAAUAAAAACGACUAAAGACAAGUCUUAAGUUCGAAGAGCAUAUUAGCAUUAUACAGUGUGGCUACUGCAUUUAAUGUACACUCAAACUUAGAUGCGGAACUGAAUCAACUGUGGAAUGUGAAGAGGACUGUGAAUGAAAUUCUACCCAAAAAAAAAACAAAACUGGUGUUUUGCAUAUAAAUGCUCUCACAUGGUAAUUCAUGAGGGCUUUAUUUAACGGAUUACAUCGAUUCUUCUACUGUAGAAUGUACGUCUAUAGACCUUGGACACUUUGGACAUAACAUUAUAUUUCUUAUAGAGAUAUAUGACAGAUUUAUGAUAAUUCUAAGUAAUGUAACUUAAAGUGGUUCCUUAUAUAGUAGCGUGCAAAUUAUGAAAUAAACGGAUAUUACUGUAUAAGAGUUAUUGUAAGAGUUUCUAUAGGUAGUUUUUAUUGUAAUAUGGCACAUCAGAUGUAAUUAUGAGAGACUUAGAUAAGCUUUCCUCAAUAUUCUCUUUUUUUUUGUGGUCAUCCAUAAUGAAUGUUGUACAUGCAGGUUUACAUUGAUCUGACUGUCUGAAUCCAAACUGCUUUUUGUAUUCAAUUCAAUUUAUUUGUCUAGCACUUUUAACAAUGGACAUUGUCUCAAAGCAGCUUUACAGAGCUCAUUGUUAUAACAAGGGUUUUUUUCAUUCCUGUUUUUGUAUUUGGUUUAUCAUCUGCUAAAUGUAAAACAGAAUAUAAGGGUUUUUUUGUUUUGUUUUGUUUUUUUUGCUUUCUUUUGGUUUUUAUGAGAAAAGUAA